AUGAUGAACGACCCCAGAGACAAUAACAACAACGCCAUCAGCAACGACGCCAAUAAACGCCCCGCCGCCGAUGGCGAUCAAGCCAACGCCAACACCAACCCAUUCAUAUCUUUCCGCCGCUAUGCCGACGACCAAAUCUCCUCGCUCGUGAACUCCGUCAUAGGCCUUCCUGCCACCGUUUCCAAAGAGCACGCGCGCUGGCAUGCUGCGCGCCAGAACAACGACAGCGACAGCGAUGCACAAGUCUCCGGCAGCGGCAGACAGGAAGUCUGGGUGAAACGAUGGUCGAGCGACGACGGCCAGGAUGACAAGGAGAAGAAGAGCAACGAGGAUGAUGUGUCGAGUUGGGUCAAGCUCUGGAAACCGGAUGGUCAGGAAGUCAAGCCAGAGGUCAUCGAGGACAAGAAUGGUGGCAAGACAUGGCACUGGAGUGCCUCGUGGUCGUGGCCGCCAAAGAAAGAUGCCGACGACGCUAAGUCUGGCGAGGGGACCAAUAACAGUGACGAGCUUGAUCGGAAUUUUGAGGAAGCGAGGAAGAAUGCGGAGAGGGAGCUGCAAGAGAUGUCAGAGCUGUUCAAGAGCUGGUUUGGCGCCGAGGACGACCACAGCAACAAGAAAGAUCCCCAGCAGACAGACAGAGGACAGAGUCUGUUGGACUGGAUCGGUCUUGGCGAUGCUAGCAACGCCAGCUCGGAUAUAAGACGGGACAUGGAAGAUCGAAUUAAGCGGCUGGAGGACGAGUUCUUCAACGUACGGGACAGUUUCUCCGGCUUCGCCCGCGGCGCUGGCCCGUGGAGCCAUCUGCGUGUCUCUGACGAGGCGCGAGAAGGUAGCCAGAUCCUACAGACCCUGGAUAGCCUUCACCACUCGGGUUCUCGGCAUGGAAACCCAUUCGGUGGCUUCCCCAUGACGCGUGGCUGGGGCCAUCCUCUUUCAUAUUUCCUGGAUUAUUCCAACCCACGGACGCGCUGGCUGCUCCAGCACCCGUACUCCCCCGCCGUACUCGAAGCAGAGGCCAUCAAGAAUGACGUCGCCGGCGCGCCCCGGUACGCCGACGCAUUUGACGAUCUCAUGCGCGCCGAGCGCGGAUGCCUAAUCAGGAGAGACGUGGCUACCGAUUGGAGCCGUAGCAUGUGGCCACGCAGCUACCGCCUUCUCUCCAACGUCUACUCCCGUAGUCCCAAGACGCAGGAGUUCUUCCGCAACGUUGAGGAGGGCGGAGAGUGGUACGUGCCGGAGAAGCAACAGGAGAAUGGCACUACUUCAUCCCACAACCACGUUCAUGAUCACAGAAAAGAACAAGCAGCCCGUGACGAUCAUAUGUAUGAGCGCUUCCUAGGCACGCACACAGCCGACCCCCAGACCGAAUUGGACAUGUACGAACGCUUCCUCGGCGACUCAUCUUCGCAUCACCAGGGCGGAAGCGGAGGCAGCAGCAGCGGCAGCAGUGGUCAAGCCCCUGCGGCACCGCCAUCCAAUAAGAACAAUAACAUCGACGCUGCCUCCUCCCCCAUCCUUUCCACCAUCACCACCACUGAGCGCAACAUCGCCGCCGACGGCACCGUGACGACCAAAGUCACGCUGAAGAAGCGCUUCGCCGACGGUCGUGAGGAGUCAUCCGAGACCGUCAACACGACGCGCGGCGACCCGAGUUUCGAAGGAAGCGACGGCAGCAACAAGAAGAAGGGUGGAUGGUUUUGGUCUAGCUAA